GUCUAUUUAGGUUUGCAUCUGGAGAACGCCUUCUGUUCCUUCAUGUGGAAUCAGGGCCCUUUUCCCUGUCUGACUCUGGGUUCUGCCCUGCAGUCUGGAAGCUGCUUAGCCCUUUCCCUAGUGCCGUCUUCCCUUCUCUUGACUUGCUAGCUGAGAGUUCCCCAUCUCCUCUGGAGAUCCUGUGGCUGGCGUAUGGUGCUGCUUGUCCAAUAGGGGGGUGUGCGUUUCUCCACAUCAGUGUCCUCUUCUCUUGGAGGCUGACGGGGAACCUCAGCAACACUGCCAGCCUUUGCCAGCCUGAGGAGUCGCAGCCUCCAACUUGCUCCCAGCUCUUGCGCCUGCUUUGUGGCAUUGUAUUCUGCACACUGGGCUGCCGGGAAGGACCAGACCGAGGCAAGAUUUAGAAGGAUUCUGGUGAGAACUGUUUCAGAGGGAUAUGGCAUUUUAAAAGAAUUGUAGUAAACAAACAGAAUUGCAGAGUCAACAAAGAUAAUUAGCAUAAACAAUGUCGUUUUAGGACAGGUGGUUUAAAAAAACAAACAAAACAAAAAAACCCAAAUAUGAACCCAGUUUGAAUUCUGCCAAUUUGGAACCAUUGAACCUUAAUCUGCACUUCAGGAGUACUACCCAGGAUGUCUUCCAAGCGACCAGCCUCUCCGUAUGGGGAGACAGAUGGAGAGGUAGCCAUGGUGACAGGCAGAGAGAAAGUGGAAGAGGAGGAGAGUGAGAGGCUCCCAGCCUUUCACCUUCCCGUACAUGAAGUCGAUGGCAAUAAAGUUAUGUCUUCAUUAGCUCCAUACAACUCAUCUACCUCACCUCAGAAGGCGGAAGAAGGUGGGCGACAGAGUGGCGAGUCCGUGUCGAGCGCAGCCCUGGGGACUCCCGAGCGGCGCAAGGGCAGCUUAGCAGACGUGGUGGACACCCUGAAGCAGAGGAAGAUGGAAGAGCUGAUCAAGAAUGAGCCAGAAGACACUCCCAGUAUUGAAAAGCUACUCUCCAAGGACUGGAAAGACAAGCUCCUGGCAAUGGGAUCAGGGAACUUUGGAGAAAUAAAAGGGACUCCUGAGAGCCUCGCUGAGAAGGAGCGGCAGCUCAUGGGUAUGAUCAAUCAGCUGACCAGCCUGCGAGAGCAACUCCUGGCUGCCCACGAUGAGCAGAAGAAGUUGGCUGCAUCUCAGAUAGAGAAACAGCGUCAGCAGAUGGAGCUGGCCAAGCAGCAACAAGAGCAGAUCGCGAGGCAGCAGCAGCAGCUUCUGCAGCAACAACACAAAAUCAACUUGCUUCAGCAGCAGAUCCAGGUUCAAGGUCAGCUGCCGCCAUUGAUGAUUCCCGUGUUCCCUCCUGACCAGCGAACCCUCGCAGCAGCUGCCCAGCAAGGAUUCCUCCUUCCUCCUGGUUUCAGCUACAAGGCUGGGUGCAGUGACCCUUACCCUGUUCAGCUGAUCCCAACCACCAUGGCAGCUGCCGCUGCAGCGACACCAGGCUUAGGCCCACUCCAGCUGCAGCAGUUCUAUGCUGCCCAGCUAGCCGCAAUGCAGGUUUCUCCAGGAGGGAAGCUCCUAGGCCUACCCCAAGGCAACCUUGGUGCUGCCGUGUCUCCUACCAGCAUUCACACAGACAAGAGCACAAACAGCCCACCACCCAAAAAUAAGGAUGAAGUGGCCCAGCCACUGAACCUAUCAGCUAAGCCCAAGACCUCUGAUGGCAAAUCACCUGCAUCACCCACCUCUCCUCACAUGCCAGCUCUGAGAAUAAACAGUGGGGCGGGCCCCCUCAAAGCCUCGGUCCCGGCAGCGUUAGCUAGUCCUUCCACGAGAGUUAGCACAAUAGGCUAUUUAAAUGACCACGAUGCUGUCACCAAGGCAAUCCAAGAAGCUCGCCAGAUGAAGGAGCAACUCAGGCGAGAGCAGCAAGCAUUGGACGGGAAGGUGGCCGUGGUGAACAGCAUAGGUCUCAGCAACUGCCGGACAGAAAAGGAAAAAACAACACUGGAGAGCCUGACUCAGCAGUUGGCAGUUAAACAGAAUGAAGAAGGGAAAUUUAGCCAUGGAAUGAUGGAUUUCAAUAUGAGUGGAGAUUCUGACGGAAGCGCUGGAGUCUCGGAGUCAAGAAUUUACAGGGAAUCCAGGGGACGUGGUAGCAACGAGCCCCACAUAAAGCGUCCAAUGAAUGCCUUCAUGGUGUGGGCGAAAGAUGAACGGAGGAAGAUCCUUCAGGCCUUUCCCGACAUGCACAAUUCCAACAUCAGCAAGAUACUGGGAUCUCGCUGGAAAGCUAUGACCAACCUAGAGAAACAGCCAUACUAUGAGGAGCAGGCCCGCCUCAGCAAACAACACCUGGAGAGGUACCCGGACUACAAGUACAAGCCUAGACCAAAGCGCACCUGCCUAGUGGACGGCAAGAAGCUGCGCAUCGGCGAGUACAAGGCCAUCAUGCGGAACCGGAGGCAGGAAAUGCGACAGUACUUCAACGUUGGGCAACAAGCACAGAUCCCCAUCGCGACGGCCGGCGUUGUGUACCCCGGUGCCAUUGCCAUGGCCGGAAUGCCGUCCCCACACCUGCCCUCCGAGCACUCGAGCGUGUCCAGCAGCCCGGAGCCCGGGAUGCCCGUGAUUCAGAGCACUUACGGCGUGAAGGGAGAGGAGCCUCACAUCAAGGAGGAGAUCCAGCCUGAGGACAUCAACGGAGAGAUUUACGAGGAGUACGAUGAGGAGGAGGAGGACCCGGAUGUGGAUUAUGGGAGUGACAGCGAAAACCACAUUGCGGGACAAGCCAACUGAUAAGGGCCAACAGACUGUGGUGAGCCGAGGACUUGAAGAAGCCCUGGCCGGUUCAUCCUUACCAGUGGCCAAGCACAUUAACUCUCUCAUACACUGACUGUUAUUUUAACUGUUAGUCUUAAAUAGUUGGGACAUCAGCUGACAAAUAGACCUCAGCCUCAAAAGGCUCGGAAAGGAAAAGAAAGAAAGAAAAAAUUACAAGCAAACGUCAUCAACAAGAAGAGAUUGAAAUAAGCUAUGGGUAAACAGUGCCAGUAAUUCAGCUGCUACACCCCAGCACUGAAGUCUCACCCGUCAACCUUUUUUUUUUUUUUAAUAAACUUUAUGGCUGUUUGUUCUA